GAAGGAAAGAAAGGAAUAUUGGGCAAAGCUGCUGCCACAUCAGGCCACAUCUGCAUAGAGGGAAGCCACUGGGGACAAUGCUCUACUGAUUUUGCACCUGUUAUUGGGAACAAGGUGACCAUGGGAGGGGACCCAGCAGACAGGGUGUUCUUAGCAGGAGGGAGGAGGAGCAAGCUCUCCAAAGGAAGGACCAUCAGCUGUGCACACAAAGCCUGGCACAGGGUGGUGAGGGCUGGAAAAGAGGGUGAAGAUAGAAGCAGAGAAAGGGGGGAGGACUACAGCUGGUGAGGACCCAUCCCCACCUCCAGUCCCACAGGCUCACUCCCCAGGAGUAGGCGUCUCAAGCUCCCUCAAGGCAUGGUUCUCCUGAGUGUCUCUUAAGCCUGGGACACUCAGGGACAUCUGAGAGAAAGGCACCCAUACUCCCUGGGCAUAUAUGGCCAAGGUUAAACCCAAGGCUAGGCCAGACCUACCUGCAUCUGCUUCUCAGUGUGGCCCUGAGCAGGUGCUAGACAAAGGGGCUGUCACAGCAGAGGGCUUCACUGCUGGCAGAAACUGGUCCCUGUCCAAUGCUGAUGUCUCCACUUGGACUGUCCUCAGGUAGCAUUCCGGCAGCAGCUGAUGGCACUCAAAGCAAGAUCCAGGUCCAGCUUCUGCCCCAGCCCCAGAUCUGCCCUGGGAGCCCAGCCAGGGCUAUGGUCUGGGCAGACCCCCACGAGGGGAACACAAAGCCAAAAGCAGAAAUCCCUGCCAGUUGUCCCCUGUGCAGAUCACUGUCAGAAAAGCAGGCCAGUGAGGUUUUGGAUGAGGAAAGAACUACAGCGAGGUGAAGAGUCCAGCCAAACUGUGCAGGAGAGGGCACAGUUACAGCUUCCUGAAGGCAGUAACCCCCCGGGCCUGGAGUCUUUGCCCCUCCUGACCCACCUCCACCCUUCACCUUGCUGCAUGACCUGCAGGCCACCUGUGUGGACACAGGCAAGGGCCUCCAGGACUGAAGAGAAAAGAUCAGGGAUAUUUCUGCCCAGCUCCUUGCGUGUGGGGUCACUGUGGCCUACCCUUAACAUCACUGCCUUUCUCAAGAUCGCCUUCGCUACACUACCCUUCCCAGGUUCCAGUGAUCAUCCCUCCCUUCUUCCAGGAGUGUGACUACCACUGGGGUUUCCUACACUCUGUUCCCACCUUUGCAAAUUAUGCCCUUAUUAAACCCUCAGACCGCCCCAACUGGAGUACAUCUUGUUUCCUGCUAGGACAACCACUUGCCCUGAGUUUCCUGAGUUGCAGUAAUUAGCUCUGCUGCUCAACAAGCAGUCCUUGGUUUGGAGGCAUGGUGUCCCCAUGGACCCCUGCUACCUUUGGUCCCAGCCAAGUGCAAGGCCACUCUCUGUGGGCUUUCAGACUGCUACAGCCCAGUGGCUAGCCUUCCAGGGUUCUGAGUUCAAGUGGCUUAAGCCAGAGCCACAUUCCCCAGGGAUUCCUUUGUGACUUCACCCACUGAAGUCACUUGGGAAACAAUGCUGAACGUUCCACUCCAGAGCCUGGGCCUCUAAGGAGGCAGGGACAGCAGACAAGGCCAGCCCAGAGGACUCUGUUCAUAGUGUAAAUGAAGACACUGCUGGCCCAUGUCUUGCAAGGAUGUAGAGGGCAGCCUCAGAGGCACUGGGUGCUCCUGGCACCAUGGAUGAUGCUGCCAUCCUCAAGCGACGAGGCUACAUCAUGGGAAUAAAUUUGGGAGAGGGCUCAUAUGCAAAAGUCAAAUCUGCUUACUCUGAGCGCCUAAAGUUCAACGUGGCGGUCAAGAUCAUCGACCGCAAGAAAGCCCCCCCAGACUUCUUGGAGAAAUUCCUUCCCCGGGAAAUUGAGAUUCUAACUGUGCUAAACCACCGCUUCAUCAUCAAGACCUAUGAGAUCUUUGAGACAUCGGAUGGCAAGAUUUAUAUUGUCAUGGAGCUUGGGGUCCAGGGUGACCUCCUUGAAUUCAUCAAAACCCGGGGAGCUCUGCAGGAAGAUGACGCUCGCAAGAAGUUCCACCAGCUGUCCUCAGCCGUCAAGUACUGCCACGACAUGGACAUUGUCCACCGAGACCUCAAGUGUGAGAACCUUCUUCUUGACAAGGACUACAACAUCAAGCUAUCUGACUUUGGUUUCUCCAAGCGCUGCCUGAGGGAUGAUGGUGGCCGAAUGACACUGAGCAAGACCUUCUGUGGGUCAGCAGCAUACGCAGCCCCCGAGGUCCUGCAGGGCAUCCCCUACCAGCCCAAGGUCUACGACAUCUGGAGCCUGGGCGUGAUCCUGUACAUCAUGGUCUGUGGCUCCAUGCCCUAUGACGACUCCAACAUCAAGAAGAUGCUGCGCAUCCAGAAGGAGCACCGCAUUGAUUUCCCACGCUCCAAGAGACUGACAGGUGAGUGCAAGGACCUCAUCCACCGCAUCCUGCAACCAGAUGUCAACCGGCGGCCGCGCAUCGACGAGAUCCUCAGCCACGGCUGGGUGCAGCCUAAGGCCCGGGGUCUUUUUUCUGCAGCCAUCAGGGAGGAGGGGGAGACCUCCCAGGAAACUGAGCCCCCAAGGACCACUGAGCCUGUCUCUGACAAGAAUUCUGUCACCAAGCUGGAGCCCCAGGAGGAGGCACAGCCUGAAGUGAAGCAGGAGUCAAAACCCAAAGAGGAGACCCUGCAAGUGCAGGUGUCAAGGACUUUGGAGACCAACAGCCUCACCCUGUUAGGCGAGCAGCCGAACAAGGGGACAGUAGGAGGGGGCUCCCCGAAGCCUCCAGAGACACACAGCUAGUGAGCUUCUUGCAUGGCCCAGGGCUGGCAGGGAAUGAGGUGGAGGUGACAGCUUCGAGCCUGAGAUCCAAAACAGUCAAGGGACAAGCAAGUGAAGGGAAGACAGUCCCAGAUAAGCCACUAUUUUCAUCAGUUUAUUUUCCCUCCCUUUGAAUUGGUAACCCACAUGGUAAAGAAGGAAUAAAUCACUA